AUAAUCGUAGUAGUGUUUGAGGAAGUAGGUAGAUGUCAGCGAUUACACUCACACAGUUUCAGAAAUUUUUGUUUUGUAAUAAACGGUUGCUAAAUUCGGUUCAGUUGUUGACAGCAAAAGAAAUUUGUUGCAAAUUUGUGAACUUUACCUGCAAGUGAAGUGUGUUUACGGUGAAAUCAAGUUAACCUGUACAGCACAUUAUCAACAAUGUCUGCGGAGCCGCAGCAACAGUAUUUCCUCAAAUGGAAUGACUUCCAGUCGAAUAUGGUGACAUCAUUUAAACACUUGAGGGAUGAAAAGAGUUUUACAGACGUCACGCUGGCGUGUGAAGGGCAGACCUGCAAAGCACAUAAAAUGGUGUUAUCUGCUUGUAGCCCAUAUUUUAAGUCGUUACUUGAGGAGAACCCGUCGAAGCACCCGAUCAUCAUCCUGAAGGACGUGCCGUACAGCCACUUGCAGGCCAUCCUGGAGUUCAUGUACGCGGGCGAGGUGAACGUGUCCCAGGACCAGCUGCCGGCCUUCCUCAAGACGGCCGACCGCCUCAAGGUCAAGGGGCUGGCCGAGGCGCCCCAGUCCAUAAAGAACAAGGAGGGAUAGGAGUGGACCGCAUUGCCGCCAUUAGGUUUAACAGUUUUUGAAAGCCAUUUACGUGACUGAGUGGACAAAGGCAAUGCUGAAGUUCAUCCAUUGUGUGCGCUGUACAGUACAUCGAGCAGACUGCUGUGCGCGUGUGGUGUGAGAAGGAACGGACACUGUUUGUACUAGCCUUUACGUUGUUCAUACUAGGUAACUGUAGCUCCCGCGGGGUUUCACUUUAGUGUCAGUUGGUUCUGUUGCCUAGAAGACCCGAGCCCAGAACUUUUCUUGGUCGAUGGUGUGUCGUUUGUCGUGACUAGUAAUUGUUUUUUAUGCUGCAUGGAAAUUACAGUGAAAUGUCGGAUGGUUUUCUUGUGAGUUUGACAUUUCUUUAUUCAGCUAUGAAAGUUAAUGCCUGAUGUAAUUUAUUUCAGCUUUUAUUGGACAUAUUUAUAUUUGUAUACAGCAAAUUGUAAUUGGUCUCUGAAAAGUUGUAGCAUUUCACUUAAUGAUUUGUAAUUGAGGGGGCAGGUGAGAACCGUAAUAGCCGCUGUAGAGCAGAGUGACAGGGCCCAACUGAUCUUGCUACGUAACAUUGUCACAGUAAGUGGACUAAGUAACAGUAUGCCAUUAGUUAAACUUUAACACAUGUCCCAUGUCAUUUCAGUACUUUUCACUUAAAACUUACGUACAUAUUACGAGAAUAUAGAAAUUGUUACAUUUUUAUAUCUAUUUUAGAAGACAUUUGUUUCAUGGGGUGAUUAUUUUUUUUAAUUGUCAAGUUUCCCAGUGUGUAAAUACUUUGUGUUAUACUAUCCCCUAAUUGUGUUGUAUAUUUUAAGUGAGUGAUUUGCACACUUGUAAUUGACUAAUAUUGUAAAUAAGCAUCAGUGAAGUUACCGUGUAAAUGUUUAAUAUACUGCAAAACACAUAAUAACUGUGCGUUUACUGUGUAUUCGAGUGUUAAACUGAAGAAAAUUAUUUUGUAACGUGAUAGUGGCAGUGUUUUGUUAUUCAUUGUAUCAUUUGUACAUUGGAAAAUAUGGAACUGCCUCUUAAAAAUGUUCUUUUAAACAGAGAAGGAUCCUAUCCUUAAUUUAAGUGUAAAAUGGAGUGGUUUUCUGGUUCCUAAAACUAACUGAAGGUAAUGGUAUUUUUUACAAUUAUUCUAGUAUGAGUUGCCCAAUUUCAUACAUUUUUUAAUACCUUUAAUUAAGAAAUAUUCAUAAUAGCAAUUAUUUGUAAUAAAAUGAUAGCUCAAUUUUAACAAAAUAUUUAGGUGGUUGGUUUUUUUUUUCCUAGGAGAUUUGUUGCUGCUCUUGCCUGUUUUCACUGAUUCUGAUCUCAUAGUUUCUUCCAUCUUGAUUCAGUAGUUAAACUAAAAAUAAUGAACAUACUUACUGUAUGUGCUUUAUCUCCUCUGGUGUGAAUUAGUGUUUUCAUUAAAAGGUUUGUGUGCUAUGCAUGUUGUCUGUAAUACCUGUAGUGUAGCUAACCUUGGUUGUAUCUACAAUAAAUUGUAGAGAAUUCACUGAAGUUAUAAGCAGCAUUUUGUCCAGACACAAUUUUUAUUGCAGGAAGCAAUAUGCGUAUCACAUAUUCUCUUUUCGUGUGCUCUUUUAAUUUUCAAUUAUGACCAGUUUUUGUCUAAAUACAUAAGACAUUAUUUACUUCAAUCAUUUUGUAAAUAAUGACAAACUGAUUUACCAGAACUGUGUAAGGUAUGAUUCCAAAUUUAGUAAAUUGUGAGUGAAUUUCCAUUUUGGGGACAAGGGUUACACUGAGAUUUCUUCAUAUGUUUUCAUAAUAUGCCACAUUUUAUGCUGUUUCAGCCCCGUAGUUACAUUAUUUUUAAUAUAAAAAUGUUAUCAGUCUUAAACAGGAAGAGACAAAUCUUUACUGACUUGGUCAGUGUUAGUUUUGUCAGACCUGACUGCAGCUAAUUUGGAGAUGCAAUGGGUCAAGAUGCCCUCUGUUGGUGGAGCAGGAAUUGGUUUGAAUUAAGGUCGAAACACGUGCUAGUUGUUGCCUUCUUGUAUUUUUCUGUUUAAUACUCUGCAAGUAUGCAGGUGUGUUUAGCUACCAAUACCUGAAUCAUUUCAAAUAACUGUAGCAUUAACAAAGCACCCUCCCCACAUUAUUUGAGCUCUAUAUUCUGAUUAUUGUUGCUUGUGAUGCAAAUGGGCACAGAACAGGAUUCUUAUUCAGGAGUUGUAUUUUAAUGUCUGGGAUUUUGGUUACUCUGAUGUUGCAGAUAGUGGCAGAAAAUCUUGUUCAUUAAUGUGAUUUUUUAUGUUUGCUGUUUCCGGACUGACCUAGUUGGUUUGUCGUUCACACCACCUAAUUCGUGCAAACUAGUCAAAUACCAUUACUUUACCCAGUGACUUAUUUCAAAUGCAGAUUGACUAAGUAAGUAGGUUGUUCAUUUCAUGUGUUUUUUCAUUGAUUUGGAAGCUUUUUUUUUUAUAAAGAAACCAACAUUUUUUUUAGUCCACUUUUUUUUCUGCCUAAAGUUAAGUCAUGACAAAAGGUUAAAAUUGCACAUAAUUACAUUUCCACAAUUUUUUUAAUUUUUACAAUAGUAACAGUUUUUAAUAUUUACUUGUGGCUUUUUGUUUUGUUUAGUAAAAGCAGAGAAGCCAACCCUUAUUUUAAAGUGUUUUUUUGUGACUUCAAUUUUUCCAUGGGCAUGUAAUUGCAAUAUUUAAUUUUUAAAUGUUUACAGUAUUCCACGAAUAGGAAAAUUCUUUGAGAAACAGUCUGGUGCUUGUCUGUUACGUACUACAGUUAACAGUAGAUUUAUUUCAAUUGGUCUGUUAUACGCGUACAGUAUCCCUGUGUUCUGACACACGGCCCGUAUUGUUUGCACACAUCGUCUUGCUCUUCAGUGGUUGUACGGAAUGUUUCGAGGUAGAUUGUUCAUUGUUCACCUUUCACUCUCGUUUGAUUGCAUUUUCAUAGUGUAUCCAUGUCACGCACCAUUCAAACGGGAAAAUAUGCUUCAAUCUGCAUUCACACAGGCUGUAAAAGGUUUUUUUUCCAGAUGGUAUUUACUGCAGUCAUACACCCUAUAAAAUGGCGUAGGCAAGUUAGUGUUUGAACUAGGUUAGCUGUGGAGAUGGCGGAGGCUGGAAUUUUUAAAAAUAUCUUUCGGAAAAUCACAUAAUUGGUAAAUAUUUUUUAAAAAGUCAGGAAAAUUUAUAAUUUUAUCAUGUCAUGUCAGGAAAAUGACAGGGUAAUUUUAUUACCGAUUUGUGUGGACACCCUUGUUAAGCUCGGUAGUUGCACGAUAAGAAGUAUUAUUGGUCUUCGUUAAUGUGUCUCAAAAUCAAAGCAUUUGAGUACAGUCGGCGCUCUAACCUGGCAUUCUCCGGUUCGGUGCAUUCUGUAACCAGACAUGACCGAACCGCUGACACUCAGGUUUAUCUUGGGUGGAUUCGGGUGUGUGUUGACCUUGACAGGUCGCGCCACUGCGCUGUUCGCAUCUUCAGUUCACUCUGUGUUAAUCGAGACUGUCAGUUUUCGUUUCAGUACAGUGUACUGCAGAUUAAUGUUUCUUUCAUAUACUGGUUAAAGCUAUAUGGACGAUCGUUAACCCGACACGAUCAUUAAUCUGGCGUAGGUGUGGACGCCAACAUACCAGAUCCAAGACAUCUAUUGUGUGUACAGUUUUAUUUUAUCAAACAAAGGCAUGGAGUGCUACAAACACAUAUUGUUUGCAGCGUUACUUGUACAUAGCCAAGUCCUAAGUGCUGUUUGACUGCUAUUAAUGUGCUACUGAAAAAUUUCACCAGCAACCAGAGUACUUAAAAUGUAAUGGACAAUAUUGUGGUCUGAGCACUGACGUCGAUAACAGGGUUUAUAGCAAUAAGUGAACACAAACUUGAACUGGUGGUAACAUUCUGUUUAUGGUGUUGAUGGUUGCUUGUCUUUGCUGAUCUAAAGAAUUUUAAAAUUGAUGUUGCUCACAAUUUUUUUGUUUGUUUUUCUAUUGUUCCAUCGAAUAUCACAAUAACUGUAGUCUGAUGUUACUGCAUAAUGAAGACUGAAAACUGAUGUACUGUAUAUAAAACUGGUAAACAAUAUUCGUGUGGGUGGUAGUAUAUCCUGUUGUACAUUUGAACGGAACUGGUAACGGUGAAUUGUGGUACGCUAGGCAUGAAGGGUUGCUUCUCAUGUUAUGUGUUUAUAAGCUGUUGCAUUUGUGGUUUGGAAUUUGUACUUUUGAAAUAAUUAAUUUUGUCACUGAGAAAGGCAUACUGUUAAUUCAUUGUAGUGUUCAUUUUCAUUUAGUCAAUCAACUAAUGUGGUAUGUUAUUGUAGAGCUCAGUCUGCCAGAGUUCAUGUGACAAUUAAUGUAUAUAUUCAUUAAAAUAUACACAACUAUAUAAUAUAUUUUUUUUUGGCCCUUAAAAUUUCUGUUGUGAACUAUUGGAAGUAAAUGAUAAUGGUAAUACCCCUCAUUAGUGCUUUUCUGAAUGAAAUUUGCUAAAUUGAUAAAAGGGCGAAAAUAUUUUUUUUUUUUAAGUGCUCCACUAUUACUGUGAGCCACAGGAAAGUCAUGUUAAAAAGGGUGUCUAGUUAAACUGUUCUACUAUAUUUUUAAAGCACUAUACAGUUGUAUGAUGUGAGGUACUGGCACAGUAGUCAUAGAAAAUGUACAACAUUCAGAGAACGGACAUUGGAUGCAGAUAUUUAUGGUGAAACUCAUUUACUGUUCACUAAAUUAAUGAAUGAACUUAAUGAAUGUAUGGAGUGUCUCACCAAAAAUAAAGAAAAAACUUAUCUAUAAUCUACCUGCUAGCAAUUUAUUGCAAAAAAUAGCCUAUUUAUUAUAAAAUUUAAAAAAUUUUGUGGCUUUGUGUUUGAGCACUUUUGUGAAAAUAUUCUGACAAGCUGUCUCAACUACAAAUCUAUUGUGUUGAGCUAUUUUAAUAAACUCAACGAAAAUUCACAGAGUGACUAUAGAUCAUUGUGAUUGAGAAUGUUCCAUUUCUCAAUAUGUAUUGAAUUUGUUUGGUUGGCAUGUCUACAGUGCCUAUAUUCUUAUUUAUUAUGUGCUCUCUUACAUUCAUAACUGAUUCUUUUAAAGACAUGCCACUCUAGUGCAGAAAUCUGUUGAAAAUGUAUGUCCGGUGUGAGAAUCAGAAUUCUGCAAGUGUUUUGACUCUGUGCAUGAGAUAGUGUUGCAUUAUUUCUUUUGCUGGCUAGUUAAUUAAUCAUUGUGUAUUAUAUUUUUUAUUAUUUCUGUACAGGUGUCAAUUUCCAUCAUUGCACUCGGCGCACCUUAAAGCCAUUGUUAAUUAAAUCUUAGUGCUCUGAAGGGAGUUAGCCAUCUCUGUCAACAAAAUUGUAAUCAUGUUGCUUCAUCACAAUCUUUUUUUAUGUACCAGUAUGUUUAAAUUUUGUAUUUGAUUAUUUUUGUGUUAAUUGUGGAAUAAAAAUGUUUAAUAUAUUUCA